AUGUCCCGGUGCACAACGGUCACAGUCGGGGCAAUAGUAGGCUUUGCAAUAGUCGUACAUUCCUGCAUACAACUGAUCAAUCAUGGCUGCGUCAUCAUCUACGUUGAUUGGGUUAGAGGGAGAGUCAGUCUCAGGCCUGUGCAUUGCGCCAGGCGGACUGUCUUUCUUUCUGGCGGCGGGGAUCUGGAGUAUCACCUCUUGCCGGCCGCGUCGGGCUCCUCGUCGGUUCGUCAGGUGACGGGUUUGGGUGUUUGGCACUGGUCGAGGUGGAGAUGA